GUCCACAAGCUACUGCCGUUAGUCAAUAUGAGAAGACAAUCAUGAAUGAAGUGCAGGCGGUGUUGGAUGCCGAUGAACCGUUGGAAGUAUUCAAAACAGUAAAAUCAUUAUGUGAGACCGUGCGUGGUUUGAUGGAAAAGAUUAGUGCAACCUUUACCAAAGUUGAGCAGUGGGAAAGAGAAGCUGGUCAUCUGCCAAGUGAUCCUAUAACAGAAAAAUGCUCUACGCUGCUGCAGAAACUCGACAUUUUGAUGCAGUCAUUAGGUUCUGAAGAGGAAAAGAGGGAAGAGAGCGGAUUUGAGCCAGAGGAUGAUGAACGUACUCCAAGCGAAGAGAGAAGAAGGCGGGAUUCACUUGUUGGACGAGCCAAUAGUCUUAAAAAGGCCUUGAAGGAUAUCAUGAGCAUUGCUGAACGAGGGAUUGAUCAACAUAAUCGAGCUAGUGGUGCGUCAGCGAAAAGAGAGCGUUUUCGGAAGAAACGUAGCAGAACCACGCCAUCGGUACUGAAGGUUUCAUCCUCGAAUCUCUCGUCAUCAUCAGCAUGCUCCCCACCUGGUAGUCCUUCUCCACAACAAGCGCGUCCACGUUUCCCUGAUCGGCUCACUGUGAGAGACACUGCCAGCCAGAUGAGUCAGACAAGUGGAAUAGGAUUUUCUCCAUCGCAGUCUUCGAAUCCGGGUUUUUCGACGUGUGAAACAUGUGAUGUGACUCAUGACACACCAUCCCCGUUACCAAAUGGUUGUAGUGAUCGAGAUGAAAGCGAUAGAGAGGGUACUGUUGAUAGGAGUCCU